AACAAAUUACCCAACUUGAAUAUCGGUCAUUCCUUCUCCCCAUUUACACACAACUUCUUCCAAUAGCGAGAAGAAACACGCACAACACACAGUCAAAGGCGAAGGGCCGGAGAAAUGGGUUUCUUUUCUUUCCUUGGACGUCUGCUCUUCGCUUCCAUUUUCAUCCUCUCUGCAUGGCAAAUGUUCAAUGAAUUUGGAGACAAUGGUGGACCUGCAGCAGAACAGUGGGCUCCCAAAUUGGCUCUUGUCAAGAAGCAUAUUGAUGGAAUAAUUGGGAAAAACAAUUUCCACAUUGAUGCCAGGACUUUCGUUGCUGCAUCCAUCUUCCUAAAUGGAUUUGGAGGACUUCUAUUUGUUCUUGGCAGCAGUUUUGGUGCUUAUCUUCUGAUGUAUUACUUGAUAUUGACAACUCCUUUGAUGUAUGACUUUUACAACUACGAAGCUGGAAAGCCAGAGUUUUUCAGAGUCUUAUGUGAGUUCCUUCAGUGUGCGGCGCUUGUUGGUGCAUUGCUGUUCUUCCUCGGAAUGAAGAACUCGAUUACAAGGAAGCAACCCAAGAGAAAGAUCACCAAAUCGAAGGCUGCUUGAAUGCAAUGAGAGAAGCAGGCUCUGGGAAAUUGUUUAGGGGAGGUUGGAUUCAAAGGCAUAGGUUAAAUUAGGCAGAGUCGAUAAACUAUUCAAUGUCAGCUCCUAUUUGCUAAGCCAACAUCUGGUGCUGUAUUCUGUUUCCUUUUAGUCAAUUUUUUAGACUGUAACCCUUUUUUUUAAAACAAGCAAUUUGAUAUUUUACGCCCAAUUUUUUCCUCA